CAGUUACAGCCUUCAACACCAACCUUUAAACAUCUCACACGGAAUCUCCCGCGCUCCCCCGACUAGACAUCAAAUGUCAUCCCUUACCUACCGACUCUUCUCUUCACCGGCGAGACCACGCGCGACUGUCACCAGGCUCCUAUUCCCGCCCCUGGCCGGCCCUGCGCCGCACCGCGCAUUCGCAACCAGGAAGAAGAAGCAGCCCAGCAUGGACACGAGCUCCAUCGAGACCCCCGCCGCGUGCUACGCCGACUUUUGCUUGAUCCCUGUGGGAGUCGGCGUAAGCGUCGCGAACGAGGUGGCAGAGGUGCAGAGGCUCCUCAAGGCCUCGGGCAUCAAGUACACGAUGCACUCUGCGGGAACUACCGUCGAAGGGAGCUGGGACGAGGUCAUGAAGGUCAUCGGCCAGGCCCACGCCGUUGUGCACCGGGGAGGUUGCCAGCGCGUGCAAAGCUCGCUCCGCGUCGGAACAAGGACCGAUAAGCAACAGACUGCCUCAGAAAAGGUGAAGAGGGUUGAAGACAUCCUGGCUGGGACGAGCACCUGACCUGAUUUUCAUCUACUGGCUGUCAUUCUCCAGGGUUAGCCAGGGACUUGAUUUCAUCCAACGGAGAAUCUUUAACAGUAUGGACUAUCGUCAAAGGGCACUAUGUUUAUAAACCGAGCGCGAGUAUAUAGGACGGCGGGGUCUGAAAUCGACAGUGUCGAAACAGCCACUUCCUCGACCUACUACUGCUUUCGCAUGCUCAGACCGCGGGCUCGGGCUUGAUACGGUAAAUAAAUACAAAAGUAAACAUGUUCUCGUAUUUCAUAUGUUC